GGCCGCAAAACUGUAGUGACUCUCGCUGGGUAUCUGUGCGACUGUGCACGACUCGUUGUGCCGGUGCUGGUGGACCUUUUACACACUCGACCGAACGGGAGGAGGAGAGAGACGACUCACCACUGCCAUGUGUUCUUGGAUUGUGGCAUCGUGGCUGCUGGCUGUGUCGGCGACGCUGUGCGCCGCGCAGCAGCAGUACCUCCAGGGUCCACCGCCCCUCAACGGCGGCUACAAGGGAUUCCAGCCGUACGGCUCGGGACUCGCCGGCGGUGGCGCUCCAGCACAGGGUGGAGCCGGAUCCGGCACGAUUCCUCGCGGCUAUCAGCUGCCCCAGGGCUACGUGCCGCAGCAGGUGAUCCCGCCCACGCAACCGCGGCAGCCUUUCGUCUCGCAGGGAUUCCAGCCGCAGGGACCACCACCCUCAGCGUCGGCUGGUGUUAGCUACGUUCCGAGAGCAGCACCUCAGCCGCAAUAUCAGCCGCAGUACCGGCCGCCAGCACAGCUGCAGCAAUACCGACCGGCACCACAGCAGCAGCAAUACCAGCCACCACCCCAGCAGCAGCAAUACCAGCCGCCACCACAGCAGCAGCAGUACCAGCCGCCACCACAGCAGCAGCCGCAGCCGCCACCACAGGCGCAGGCUCUGCAGCAGUCCCAGGCUCAAUCCGCAUCACAGUCGUCCAGCAGCUCCGCUAAAGCCGAGGAAGCGAAAGUAGCUGUGUUCAAUGCCGCUCCCUUGCACUACGUAAGCAUUGGCGCUAAGCUUGAGGGUGACUACAAGUUCGGUUACGACACUGGAAAGGGUACCGACAAGACCGGCAGCUUCCGCGAGGAGACCAGGCUUCCCGACGGUACGGUGAAGGGCUCCUACGGCUUCAUCGACGCUUCCGGUCGACAGAGGAUCAUCAAGUACACGGCUGGCAAGGAGGGUUUCAAGGCCGAAGGUGACAUCUACCAGGAAGGAGCGCCCAAGGACACAAUCCCGCAGCACCUACAACAGACCGUGUCAGCCUCUUCGUCCGCACCGGCUCCGUCAGUCCCGGCUCCCGCUCCCGCUCCAGCUCCCGCUCCUGCUCCGGCCCCCGCGCUAUCUAGUGAAAGCCCAGCUGCCAAGUACAGACCUCCAAGCUACUCCGAGGCCCCUCAGAGACCACCUGCUCAGUACAGGCCUCCGGCGUACCCUCAGUUCCAGCCGACUGCUCCUCCUUUCCAGCCUUCGCCCGGCCCUUCUCACGUGCCCGUGCUGCGCCUCGCACCAAACUUGCCCGUCGAGAACCUCGCCUUCCCAGACUUCUUCAAGCAGCACCUAACCGAGCAGAGGUCCGCAGCUGCUACGAGCCAGCCGGCGUCGGCUGCAUCCCCAUUCCAAGGAGGAGCCCCCCAGUCCGCGCCAAGGCAACCCCCUACCUUCGGCUACGUGCCAUAUGCUCCUCCCACUGUCCAGACAAGGGCAAGCCCCUACGGGCCGCAGUUUAACGCAAAAUCUCCAGCGCCCCAACAGCCUGCCAGGCCCUUCGCAGGUCUUCAGCUUCCGGCGGCCACCUCUCAGCGACCAAGCUACCCAACGUUCGCCCAGCAGCAGGGCUACCCUCUGCCUCUUAUUAGACCUGGAACUUACCCACCAGCCGGUGCAGCUAGGCCCAGCGGCGCGCCGUUCGCCACUGCUCCGACUUCGGCGUCUCCAGCGAAGCAGUACGUUCCUGCCCAGUACCUGCAACAGCAGCAGGCACAACCUAAGGUCAGCAUCGCCAACGUUUUCGCCCAGGAAUCCCAGAAAGCCGCCAACAAGCCGAACUUCGCCGACUUCCUCAAGCAGUUCAUCCCGCGGCAGCCACCGCAGCAACAGUUUGCUCCACCUGGCGGUGCUUCUGGCGCCGCAACCACGCGACCGGGCUUCUCCCCAUACGGACCACCCGCCACUGCCGCUCCAGCCUUGCAGAGGCCACCCGUCUACCUACCGCAGCAGGCAGCACAGCUGAAGGCCUCACCCAGCUACGGUCCUCCUCAAGGCGGCGGUGGUCAAGUCCCGCUCUACAAUUCCUUUAGGCCUCCCGUGCAGCAGGCUCCUGCUUUCAUUCCAAGAACAGGGCAGGCACCGCCUCAGCUGCCCACCUACCCACUGCAAGCAGCCGGAGGAUACCCCCAGCAGGCACCGACGGGGUACGCAGGGGCUCCCCAGGGAGCACAGACGGGAUUGGGUGGCACCGCGGUGCAGUCACUGAAGAAGGAUGACGACGACGACAACGACGAUGGCACGUAUAAACCGGAGCUGUACGACCAUGGUCUCUACGAUCCCAAGAAGUACGAAGAACCCUACCUGAAGAAGAAGACCUCUUCUUCGUCGUCAGCCUCUCCAGGCAGCGGUGCCGCUGGUCAGCCACAGCAGUUCUACCAGCCCAGCGGUCAGGGGGCACCGGCGCAAGGGCAAGUUGAGGAAAAGGCGCUGCCUUUGUUUGACACAACUCUCCUGUCGUACAACAUCGGCUCGGGCUAAGUGGUCACCGGCAGCUCCCAUGACGGGCGUCCCGAAGGGCUCCCGCACCCAUACCGUUCUAUAGCUCUCAUCAUCCUCGGCAUUCAACUCCAUCGCCGUUUGCACUACGGGGACUCCGUCCUGUGCUCACGUUUUUAUCGAUCGAGUGCUUCGGCACGCGUGAAGCGAAGCGAGAUUCUUGCGCUUGUCUAAGACAGCACCUGCCGUUUCACAAGGCUCGCCGGCGUCGCGUCCCCUGACAGUCACAGCUUGUACAUCACACAGCAGGAGCGUCCAUGUCACCGUCAGGCUCGAAACGUUUCUAUCAACUGCAACGCUCUCUCGUUUGAUUUGCCAAAGCUGGGCGUCUGUACAGAUGCAACUCACCAGAGAGCAAACGUAAUUGACGUCAGAAUCGCUUAAACCCCUGAAACUAUUGAAAAAUGUUUACCCCUAGAAGUGUAAAGAAAGUGAACAAAGCUAAUUAGCCAAUGAGUGAGCUAAUUUCUUGGUUGUUGCGCCACAGAAUGGCGCCAUACUGACUCGGCGAGGUUUCCGCGCAUCUGAAUAUGUGCUCCACGCAUUAUGCCACCAAAAAUGCACCUUUUUUACUCCUCGACCAGAUUCCUGGCCGUCUGAUAUGGGCAUUCUGAUAAAAAAUAAAAAAAUAAAGACCUUGCCUUUUGAGGCACAGUUCGGCAUUGACAAGCGUUUAACCGGUCAUAAACCAUUCAGGCAUUACAGUGUUAGCUUGAAAAAUACACAAAAUUGUUGAGUCUAUUAUUACAAAGCUAGUGCUUCUGACGUCAUGAAGAGAGCAGUCAACAAGCUUUUCUAGGCAUUACAGGAAUCCACCUUCCUUCUUUACCUCAAUGUUUUCCGUCUUAGCGCUGUCUGAGAGCUCCCUUAAUAGUAUUCAGAGAGUAGAUUUACAAAAUAAUAUAUUUAGUUUAUUCUAUGACAUGCAGAAGAAAACUUACCAACCUAAAUGUUUCCAGACCUAAUUCACAUGAUUGAUCUGAAGCCAAGCUUGCGUUUUCUACUUGCAAAGAUACUAAUCGCGUGCCAGUAGUCAGCGAUUUGUUUUUGCAGCUCUCGAAGAAAUUAUCGACAAGUAGCAGCUUCAUCAUCUUCAGGCGAAUAGAUAGCUGCACCCUACAUUCUUGUAUAUAGCAUUGUUACUUCUCGUCAAUUGAUUAUAGGCAUAUCUUGUUGAUCAUAUUACGCGUAUUCAUAUUCACGCGCGCACUAACCCUUUUCUUACCAUGACAAGCUCAUCAUGUUGCAUGUUAAUGACCAAUAGACAGGCUUCAUAUCUCUAUAUCAGAGUCUGUGCGCUCAGCUAAACUGCCAAACAGUCAGAGUUUUCGAGCUUACCUGAGCGCAGAGGCUUUCUAACGCUAACAUCCUUUUUUUGUUGUUUUUAUAACUGAGAAUAAGUACUUUAUGAUCUGAAUACUUCCUUGUCCUAACUCUUAUACCAAACCUCCUUUUAACAUUCCCACUUUGUCCCUACCUUUCUACUUACCAUUGGCCUGAAAGCUGGCGUUCGGCGAGCUAAUCAAGUUACUGCGCCAUUUCCUGCGUCAAAACACCUCAUAAAUGAAUCACACGCCACCUGAUACCCCGUCCCAAAAAUUUCCAAUACGAUAACGCAUUUUUCACGCUGACCUUGGAAUGUUCUCAAACAGUGCACAAUGAAGUAUUCACAUAUUUCCUGUUGUGUUUUACACGCAAAUUUAUGUGGAAUAAAGUCAGAGAGUGAAA